ACGACAUCUAUUAUCAAGGCCAAAAUAACACUACAAUAUUAAUUUUUUUUAAGUGUUCUGACUGCAAAAUUAACACGAAAUGUAACACUGGCAGUGAUGACCGACAUAGAUGAGGCCUUCAAACUGUUGGGCUUUGGCCGGAUGCAGAGGUGCGUGUUCUUAAGCUGCUUUCUCAUCCAACUUUGGGCAACCAAUGAGCAGCUGGGCUUCGCUGUGGUCGUGGCAGGAGCCACAUGUGACCUCGACAUCUCAGAUCAGCGUGUCAGCUGGCUUAUGUGUUGCAACUUUGGAGCCCAGAUGAUCCUGGCGCUUAUUUGGGGUGGAAUAGCGGAUCGGUAUGGCCGUCGCAGGUUGAUCAUAAGCACAUGUCCCGGUUCUUUGUUUGCAUCCGUGCUCUCAGCAUUAAUGCCGGAGUUCUGGUCCUUUAUGGUCAUGCGUGUCCUUACGGGUGCCCUCUUGGGUGGUACCUUGGGCAUUCUAAUGACCUAUUUGGGCGAGCUAACGAAGGUGUCACUGCGCCCCAAGGUUCUAAAUUAUUCCAGCUUUGCCUUUGGUCUCAGCAUGAUACAAGUACCGGCUCUGGCCUCUGUGAUUCUUCCCUUAGACAUGGGUUCUUUCCAAAACUGGCGUGCCUUACAGUUGUUAAAUUUGUUGCCUGGAUUUUGUGGUUUCAUCAUAAUGCUGUUUUUACCCGAGAGUCCCAAAUAUUACUUGUCAAUGGGUCAGGACGCUAAAGCCAUGAAGGUAAUGGAGAGGAUUUGUCGCUGCAAUAAGGGCAAGGAUGCUACACUGGCCACCUUAGGCAUUGAAUCGGUUACGCAGACUCGUUUGCAGACUACAGAUACUGGCCACUGUGCUCAGAUCAAGAGCUUGUUGACGAAUUACCGCAAAUACAUGACCAUCAUGAUCCUCAUCGUUCUCGUCCUCUGCGGAUUUGGCUUUGCUUUACCCGUUUGGAUGGUGCGCAUCAGGGUGUCAAUGCAGUCAACAGAAGAAGAGACAACUGUCUGCGAGCAUAUGCAGGGAACGAUUGCCGCGAAGACCGCACAGUGUGACUUGAAGUUCAGUGACUUGUUGGAUGCCAUCAUCCACGGCUUCGUGGUUCUAAGUGUCUUUAUAAUCACUAGCCUUCUCCUGUUCGUUCUGUCGCGUCGCGUAGUUAUGUUAACCUAUAUUGCCAUAGCGAUCGUGGGCAGCCUGUCUCUUAAUUUUGCAAGGAAUAGCUAUUUGAUACUGGUAUGUUUCUUUGCCUUGAUCGAUGCGCCACUGUGCUGCAUAAGGCUGUUGUUUACAUUCAUUAUAGAUUUGAUACCUACGUACUUGAGGGGUAAGGCCACGGCCAUUCUUUUUAUGAUGGGACGUGUUGGUAUCUUGUUAACCAGCUUGCUGGUGGGCUAUACCUUGGGUUUGAACUGUCUUGUCACCUUUAAUACCUUGCUGAUAUGUCUGGUAGUUUCUAGUAUUCUUGUCUUUAUGCUACCUUCGGAUCGUCGCGUUCGAGAGACGUAUAAUUCUUAAACUGGAUACUAAUAAGGAGCUCAGAGCAAGAAGAACGGAAAAGGGAACCUCAGCUCGGUCAAUCAAUCAUUCAAUCAAUUGGGCGCCUAACCAGCAUAAAGUUUAAGGAGCAAGGCUAAAGGAUUAGGGCCAAAGAUCAAAUAUUUUUGUAAAAAAAAAAAAUAAUAAAAAUAAACGUCAAAUAAACUUUGGCGACA